CCUGCCCACUUCCUUCCCCGGGUCUCCUUCCUAAAACACGUCCGUGAACGCACACCCCGGCAUGCGGGCCGCAGUGGAAAGCGGCAUCCGGCGUGGUGGUCACUGUUCGCCAGGUUCCGGCCCGCGGAGUCAUCGUCGGUGCGCUCGACCACGCAAGAGGGCUUCAACCCUGUGGACCACGUGGGAGCAGCAUCCGCGCUCGGACCCGUCCUCGCCGGGCUCACGUUCGUGGCGCGCGCCGACGUAGCGGCCAGCCACAGCGGACGCCCUCAUCUCUCCCAGGAGUGCCACAACGUCGCCGACGCGGCAGGGCACGACCUGGACGCUCGGGUUCGGGCUAUCCCCGCUCCUCGAUGGCUCCACCUCCGUCGCCACGGGAGGACGACUCGACCUGGGUGAUGAAGGUGGCGAGGGCCACGGCGAGAAGGACGUCAAUGCCGUGGGCCUCGCGGGAGCAAGAUCCGCGCUCGGCCCUGUCCCCGUCGAGUUCCCGUCGUCCGUGGCACAAGCUCUACUCGCGGCCAACCAUAACGGACGCCGCUGCAGACGGAGUGCCGGUGCCGACGCGGUGGGGCACGGCUGCACGGCCGGGGCGCUCGGGCCCCGCCCCCUCCUCGGCACACCCGCCCGCUUCCUCGCGGCUCCAUCUCGGGCGCGACUGGUCUCGGAGGCAGAGUCGUGGUCGGCGCGCUCGACAUGGGAGAUGGAGACGGCGAGGGCGAGGAGGACGUCACGAACGAGCUCAGGUUUCAGGAUGCUCAUCACCAUAUACAGGCCGUGCUCCAUUUGAUUUAUGUCAGGAGUCGAAUCAAAACUACGGUUCACUGUUCACAUUGGGUCUUCUAUCUGCUGGUAAAAGAACUCAAAGCAUGCUCGACGCGAUCGGACACAUCGAUCCGACGGUGCCUGUGUACCAUUGGAAAAUCAAUAGGUGUGAUGCUCUAUUGCGGGAAGUCAUGGGAGAAAAUCUUUACAAGGAAGUGAUCGUCGCGGCGCCAAAGGAGGACGAAGGCGAUUUUGGCUGCAUCGUCAUCCGUGGGAAUGAUGUUCUUCACGGAGUUGCCAACUUCAUGGUAGCCAGCCAACCUUCUCUCACUUCUCUUCUUGUUUUGUAUUGCACUGCCUAGCCAUAGAUGGACGAACUCUUUGGUCUACAUAUAUGAACUAAAACACACAAGUAUCAACAUAUAGGUUGAGUGUAUGUCUGGAUUCAUUAUUAAGGUUUAGAUAGAUGCAGGUUAUAAGCAACAAGGUGUCUCUUCAGGAGAAAUCCCUUCACAUUAAAAACUUGAUUCAGGCAAUUCGGCGUUUGAUUCUGCAUUGUAGGCUAGCUGGUGCAAAAUAUGCUCAUUUUUCUAAUAUUCUUUUAGUUUUAUCUUAGUUUUGUUCCUUCCGCUUUGGUGUUUGUGCAUACUGUUAUCGUCUUAUCAAUGAAAUAGCCAAUACUUGCUGGAUAUUUCAAGAAAAUAAGAAGCGGGGCAUGAAGUUGUAGUCUCACAAGUCACAAGGUCACUGGAUAGCCAUUUCAUAUCAUCAUUGCGGGAAGUCAAAGAGAAGUUCAUAAUGAUAUGACAUUUAGCAAUUUAUAUGGAAAUUGUUUCUGGUGCCUUCCAACUUCAACGAUUUAUUGCAAGAUGUGAAAAUGAAACCAUCUUUAACGCAGUACAAGCAUGUAGCUAAUCCUUAAUUGAUUUUGCUGUCAUGAUCUGGUUUUGUAUGUUAAAUUUCAGAUAAUUGUGCUGCCGCACUGAUACACUCUUAUUUGGCACAGUUUGGGUGAGCCCUGGUCAAAACUAGGUACUAUUCACAAUUGUCCUCUUGUGCAAGGAUUGUAGUUCUCUUUUCGAUUGAUACUGGCCGAGCAUGGCUGCGAAUAUAUCAUAUAGGAUCAUUACAGUUCACCUAAGAGUGGUUUUACGUGGUAGUGUCGAAAUGCUAACAUGGUUGUACAAGUCUUGAUAUUCUUGCUGUUAUUUCAAUUUUUAUUAACUGAUCCUAUCAUUUUGUAUUUUUCACCGGCCAAAGUUCGCCUGAUUGUGAGAACGGAACUUGUUAACAGUAUAUUUUGAUUAGUUAGCUUUGGUAUUCUUGCUGUUAUUUCAAUUUUUAUUUAUGUUCACCAUGUCGGUUUUCUAUUGCGGUUAUACUGAAGCAGAAGUUGCUUUCUUCCCUAGCUAUUUACGCAAAGUACAGCGUGUUAGCGACUCAGCUGCAGGGUGCAAUAUAUCAGGGGAGUUUGGCAACUCAGCUGCAGGGUGCAAUAUAUCAGGGGAGUUUGUUCCUACAGGAAUAUAUAGUUUGUUCUGGAAUUUUUUGGUUCUUCGGUAUCAUUUUUAGUAUGUAUGCACAAGCCUAACCUUACUUGAAAAGAGUUAUGUACCAUAUUGUUCAUGUGGAUACCCUUGACGUCUUAGUAGGCCUCUCUUAGUGUAAGGGAGUACAAUUAUUGUGAGGGGAAUCAGGUUGAAAAUUGCUCCCUUGUGAACCUAUAGGCAUUUCCUUUCUUUAUUUCCUCGUUGAUGCUUCUGUAUUUAAUUGUUUCUUUUUCAUAAAAAAUCAGGGGAUCAUGUGGUCAUGCACUCUUAAGAGGUAAUUCAUAGUCCCUUCGUCUGAAAAUACUUGUCCGAGGAAUGGAUGUAUCUAGAUGUAUUUUAAUUCUAGAUACAUCCAUUGUAUCCAUUUUUACGACAAGUAUUUUCGGAUGGAGGGAGUAUAUAGCUACAUUUACCUAUUUCGGUAUUUGGUGUUUGCUUUGUAUGACAUUUUGUUGAUUCGUUGUUGCUACUACUGUUGGACACCUCUUGCCAGGAUUAGUGCAGCGUUCUGUGUUCUGCAAGUGUUGUUGACUCAACACCUCUUGAGUCAAGACUGGUUCAGAGAAAUUGGUAACUGAUUAGUUCACUAGCUUUCUUCACACCAUAGUCAUCAACGACUGCAACUACAAUGCUAUGAAGACAGAUGUACAAGAGCUGCUCAGCCGCACAAGAGUUGAGCAAAAAGAGAAGUAUUAGAAAUAGAGACAUGGCAAAAAGCAAACCUUCAGCAAGUGAAGUAAGGCAAACAAGGAUCUCCAAAAAAGAUUUUCUCCAGUUUCUCGAUAUUUUGCUAAUCCGUUAAGAGUCAAGAUGUGCAUCCAGCAACAACUUCAACAUUGUCUACACAGGGAACAGAUCACCAAGAACAAAAGCAGAAGAAAUAGCUUCAUCUCUCUAUCACUACACCAGAGAGUCAAACCAAGUUGGAGGAUCAACAUCUCUGGUCUAAGAAGAGAACCAAACCUUUGCAAUUCGGUAUCCAGUAGCCAUUAUCAUCACCUACCAUUGAUCACAUGCAUGUACCAACUAGAUGUACUCUUUCUUUAUAUGAACUAUUUUGCAACGAA